UUUUAAAUUUGAAUUUGGCAGGCCGGGGAGGUUGCGCGUUGGAUUUCAGAAUUUACAUACAGAGAUCCAUUUCCAUAUAUAAGGAAGGGUAUGCAAAAAAUUUAAUCGUCCUGCCGGAGGCGAAGAAGUUGCCGAUCCACGACAGCGGCGAGAUUAGCUCUCUGUAUUCUUUAACCAAAGAUGGGGUUCUUCUCCUUCCUCGGACGGGUCCUCUUUGCCUCCAUCUUCAUCCUCUCCGCCUGGCAAAUGUUUAAUGAGUUUGGCAAUAAUGGUGGGCCGGCAGCCGAGGCAUUGUCUCCAAAGAUAGCUGUUUUGAGGAGAAAUUUAUCAUCCAAACUGGGGCUAGCGAUACCUGAUAUUGAUGUCAGACACUUGGUUGCCAUUUCUCUAGCUCUUAAAGGAGUCGGAGGCCUUCUGUUUGUUUUUGGCAGUAGCGUUGGAGCUUAUCUGCUGCUUCUGCAAUUGGCAAUUACCACUCCGGUUCUCUAUGAUUUCUUCAACUAUAGCCCUCAGAAGCCUUCUUCUGGUUGUUAG